CCGAUAUAAAUACAUAAUCAACCAAGCGUCCACGUCUGCAAACUUCACGUUCAUGAUUGUCAUGAUUGCCAUGCCUAGGAUGUACCUCACUGCUACUACGUUGCUUCUCUUGUCGCAGACGACGUCAGCUGCUCACAAGAUAGGGGAUUUUGAGAGUCCCUCAUGGAGUAUUGGUGAUCUCGUCUUCGAUGGCCUAUACAUCCUCAUUUAUCUGGCUUGCACAAUCUUUUGUAUCACAGUCGCAAAGAACCUUCCCAACCACCGAGCAUCAUUCAUCACACUUCUUGGUGCAUUGAGCCUAGCGAUCGCCCACCUUUCACUAUUGAUUGCGUUCCGUGUGAUCUAUGACGGAAGCCCCUCCAUUAUUGGCGAGAGUUAUUACAUGCUACAAACUGUAGUUCUAUUCUUCAGAUUUUGGUCGUAUGACGUCUUGUACGUUGCCCUUGGUCUCGUCCUUCUUGACAGACGCAAAAGCGCUCUUGGUGCGCCGUUCGACAAACAGGACAAGAUUGCUUUUGGGGUAUUGUUUGGAGCGAUUACAGUUUUCGCAGUGUUCUCGACGACCGUACCAGCUGUUUAUGCGGCCGAUCUGAAGGGUAGGGUGAGUUUAUUUGAUGAGCUGGUGGCGCCUCUCGGGGUGUUCUCGGUGACGUGGGCCGCUGCCGCCGUAGCUGUUGGGUAUGUAGCCAGUUACGUGAACAAACGUUUAAACAGAGCAGGUAUUCGCGACAAGAUAUCCAGGCUCAUGCUGGUUGUGAUUACUCCAUUCAGUGCACUCCUGUGCACUGUGGGUGUCAUUAUGACAUGGCUUCCCACCCUUGUGAUGGCGACCCUCUUUGUUGACGGGUUUUUCUGCGCAAUAACGAUUACAUUACUGAUUUGGGGUAUGAAACCCGAGUAUUGGUACUACAAAAGUGAGUAAAAUACUGAAAUCAAGCUUCCACAGUAGGCGAAUAG